CGACAGAUCAAUAAUGUAAAUAUUUAUGAAAGAAAAGGGAGAAUAAUUCACUUGAAUAUCGAGUAUAUAAGUUUGAAAAAGAAUAUUUAGAUAAAAAUGGAACCAGAUCCAAGUGGUGGCGGUGACAUAGUGAAGAAGAAGAGAGCCUCUAAGGAAAAUGAAGGGUUGAAGACUAAAGUGGACAAGACUCCCGAUGUUGGAGGAAGAUUAAUGUGCAGGCCACCUGUAGCCCUCAAAAGACCUAGAAAUGCCAUACCCUUUCACAUACCGCAUCGCAAGCUUCUCGAAAAGAUCGAGUUUAAGAAGAAACAAGCAGAACCAUUGACAGGUUUUGCUGCUAAGAGGAUGGCUUUAGUUCGACAUACAAACGAUAGGAGGAUGUCUUCUUUUGACUCCCUGACAGAGAGAUCAAAGGGUUUGGCGCCUUCAUAUCAUGAAAUGUACGAGGAACCUAAGAGAAAUCAUUUCCCUCUGCCCCAUCAUAAAGUUCCUAGUGUGGUCGAUCAGAAACAACUCAUCGAUAAGAUGAGAAAGACCACUGACGGUUCUUUCAUCUAUCUGACUUACGCAGUUCCAAAGUCUUCAGAGAUGUACACGCCAUAUGCUCUAAAAAUCGUCACCUUUCCUGAAGUGGACAGGUUGAAUUUUUUCACCAUGAGUUGCAAAGGUGUCAUGCAGCAAAUAGGCAACGAUGCCAUCUACACUUCCCUGGAUAAAUGGGAGGCAGAGUACGAAAUGUACUGCCGGCUGAUGCGUAUCAAGUCUUUUUAUUAUUUCAGGAUGUGGAAAGGUUUCAAUGUUUGGCGCAAGCUGAUCAUUUUCCGGAAAUUCACACAGGCUCGGAACUACAUUGACGCGAACCUUUUCAUACUGAACCCGACACUACGCAAUGGACUACUAGAUCUGCAAGAGAUGUGUGUUAGCAUGUACGAAACUACUUUCGUGGAUACUGCAGAUAUUGAAAAUCGUUGGCUCUUUUAUUUCAUCGAAGAUCAGAUGUUCAAGAUGGAAAACGUAAUCAGGAAAAUAAAGAAUUUCAGAGUACUUGGGAAGGACAUUAUAUUCAACGCAUGUCAUGGUGCCUUAUUAGGGAAGGGUUUCGUCGUUGAUGAAACUGUGUUCGAAGGCAAAGAUAAAAAAAAGAGAGUACAAAAAUCGUCAUACAUCGAACAGGCUAACAAGAAAAAAUUUUGCGAGCGUUUGAGUUGCUACAUAAUUCUGGCCGAUUACAUGAUGAUCAAUAUGCUUCAUUUAUUGCUUACGAAAACUCUCGAACAAAUGAAUCAUGUUUUUGAACAGCACAUUCAGUUCCUGCCGUCUAAAGAGGAAAUUGUUGAAAUGGAAGAUCUCAGUGUGACCUUAGAAAAGCAGAGACCUCCAGACGCACCCCAAUUGCCGUUCUUCUAUUUAUAUUUCUUCCUGAAACCGAGUUCACUGAAGAUAGAUCCGUCAAUAGAAGUAACACUCAAUAUACUGACUCAAGUGGAAGAUAUGUGGAGGGAACAUACAACAUCGAUCAAGUGUUUCGUAGCCGAUGCAACCUUCAAUUGCUUCACUUGCCCGAUCAUAAACGGUAAAACCGAAGAGAGAAUAUGCGGUUUUGGACCAACGUUGACAUUCUAUCUGAGUUGCGAUGAAGAAUUGGAGGAAUCAAGGCAGCACUACUACAAUCUAAUUGGGAGAAGCUACGAGGCUGCACAAGAUUAUUGCGAUCGGUUCAACGGUCUCAUGCAAUUUUACACUGAGGACGUCGAGACGGCAGAUAGUACAGUUAUCGAUGAAAGAAGUUUGGAGGUGUUUCGCAAUUGGUUGGAAAAAUAUCACCAUGAAAUAAAAACGGUUGAAGGUGUGGUUGAUUUCCAGAAUUUAGGAAUGAUGAGAAUAGACUUGACUUAUUUGAAGAAGACUGCAUUGCCAGCGCCUACCAGAUUGUUGGAAUUGGUAGAAGAUACAAUACCCUGGAUUGGUAAAACAAAGGUGGAUAAUCUGACGGUAGAAGUUGAAGACGCAAUGGCUUUCCUCGAGAAAGAUCCAGUGCAAACGUUGGAUUUCGUGGAAUAUCUUGAAUACGUUGAAAAAGCUACGGAAAAAGUAGACAACAUGGAAGUCAUCCUCGAUUAUUGCAAGGAACUAUACGACAUGUUGGAAGAGUAUCAGAUAUCUGUCGCCAUAGAAGAAUUGAAUGCUUAUCUCGGUCUCAGCGUUCAGUUGGGGGUGCUCAGGAACUUGGUGGAUAAAAAGAUCGAAGACACGACGAUGAUAAUAAGGAAAUUUACAGUCACCAUGAACAAGGAUAUCAGCGUUCUGAUAUCAGAAGUUGGAGUUAUAAAGGAUGAGUGCAUGGAACCUUGGUUAUAUGAUAUAGAAUCCAACAUGUCCGUGGUAAUAGAAGCUUUGAAUGACCUGAAUGAGAGGCUCACUAAGUGUAUGAAUAAAGCAUCCGAAUAUAAAUCGUAUCAGAAGCAGUUUCGUAUGGAAGUUACAAGAUUCGAUAUGUUGGAUGAGGUGCAGAAUGACGUGAAGCUUAGGCUUCUUCUAUGGGAAUCUGUCGACUCCUGGGCCAAGACCAUCGAAGAGUGGUAUCACUGCGAUUUUAAUACACUGAACGUUGAAGAUAUGAAUGCGUUCAUUGCCAAGAACGUGAAGAGUGUAAAUCAGUUGGAAAAAGGUCUACCUAAAAACCUUAUAGUGCCAAAACUCAAGGACGACGUGGAACUUAUGAAGGAUAAGAUGUCCGUGAUUACUUAUCUACGAAAUCCCGCCUUGAGACAGAGACAUUGGAUCAAAAUCGAAACAAUUCUGAACCACAAAUUCAAGCCGGACGAUGUCAUAACGUUAGAGGUGUUGGAGAAUUUGAAGUGUUUCAACUAUCCCAACGAACUACAAGAGGUCUCUGGACAGGCGAGCAGCGAGGCUGGAUUGGAAUCUCUACUCAAAAAGGUUGAGGAAGCGUGGAAAACCUUGGAAUUCGUUGUUGUGCCUCACAAGGAUUCGAAAGACAUAUAUAUUCUUGGAACGACGGAGGAGGUCCAGGCAACUUUGGACGAGAGCAACAUAAAUAUCAAUACAAUAUCCGCUUCGCGCCAUGUGGGCCCCAUCAAAUCUAGGGUGGACGAAUGGGCCAAGUUUCUGGAGAGGUUCUCGAAAACCUUGGAUGAAUGGAUGAUGUGCCAACAGAACUGGGUAUACCUAGAGGUGAUUUUUUCUGCUCCUGAUAUUCAGAGACAGCUGCCAGCGGAAUCGAAACUUUUCCUGAUCGUGGACAAGGCCUGGAAAGAACUGAUGAGACGCACUGCCAAAGUACCUCUAGCUUUAGAAGCGGCUAACUAUCCAAAUCUGUUGGAAAUACUACAGAAGAAUAAUACGUUACUCGAACAAAUCAUGAAAUGUUUGGAAUCUUAUUUGGAAACGAAACGGGUGGCAUUCCCUCGCUUUUAUUUCUUAUCGAAUGACGAACUUCUGGAUAUCCUCGCCCAGACAAGAAAUCCGCAUGCCGUUCAGCCACAUCUGAGGAAGUGCUUCGACGCUAUAGCCAAAUUGGAAUUUGGCGUGAAAGAGGAAGAUAUUCCCGUUACGAAGAGUAAAUUGAAAUUGUCAGCCUCCGCUAAUCUGAAGAAAAGCAAAUCCGGUAUGGUCUUGACGACAGACAUUAUGGCGAUGCUGAGUCCGGAAGGUGAAAGAGUUCCCUUGACUAAAGGACUGAAAGCAAGAGGAAACGUGGAAGACUGGCUUGGAAAAGUGGAGGAGGCUAUGGUGACCUCAUUGAGGAGGAUCAUGAAAGCCGCUUUAGGAGACUAUCAAGUGCGGCAACGAACGGAUUGGGUGACUAGACAUCCUAGUCAGAUCGUACUCGCUGUGUCACAAAUAAUGUGGGCCAAAGGAGUUCACGAUAUCCUAGACGCGAAGGAUGAACACAAACAUAAAAAAAUCGAGUUAUACCUUAAAAAGUGUAUAGGGGACCUCAACGACUUGGCCAUAUUGAUCAGGAGCGAUCUCCCGAAAGUCACUCGACUUGUCCUGAUAGCUCUGAUCACCAUAGACGUACACGCCAGGGACACUUUGAGUAAUAUCGUAUCUAAAAAGAUCAACGAUUGUUUCAGUUUCGAAUGGCUGAAGGUGCUUCGCUAUUACUGGGAUGAUAAAAUUGACGAUUGCGUUGCCAAGAUGUCUAGCGCGAGUUACGUCUACGGAUACGAAUAUUUGGGCGCUUCCGGCGUGCUGGUCAUCACCCCGCUGACCGAUAAGUGCUACUUAUGUCUUAUGGGGGCGCUUCAGUUGGAUCUAGGAGGAGCGCCAGCUGGACCAGCAGGUACUGGAAAGACGGAGACCACCAAGGACUUGGCGAAAGCCCUGGCGAUUCAAUGCGUCGUUUUCAACUGUUCCGAGGGCCUGGACUACAAGAUGAUGGGCAGGUUCUUUUCCGGUCUGGCCCAAUCCGGCGCCUGGUGUUGUUUCGACGAAUUCAACAGAUUAAACAUAGAAGUCUUGUCUGUGAUAGCGCAGCAGAUUAUAACGAUCAGAAAUGCCAAGGCAGCUAAACAAACGAGAUUCAUGUUCGAAGGCAGGGAGAUAAAGCUCGUCCACAAAUGCGCUGCCUUCAUAACCAUGAACCCUGGUUACGCUGGCAGGACAGAGCUACCAGAUAACUUGAAGGCCCUUUUCAGGCCAAUAUCUAUGAUGGUACCAGAUUAUGCUCUCAUUGCCGAGGUUAUACUGUACUCCGAGGGUUUCGAAUCUUCUCGUGGACUUUCCCAGAAGAUGGUGCAGAUGUACAAAUUGUGCAGCGAGCAGUUGUCGCAGCAGGACCAUUACGACUUCGGCAUGAGAGCGGUUAAGAGCGUUUUAGUGAUGGCUGGUUCGCUGAAGAGAAGCAAUCCGGAUAGGAGCGAAGACGUCGUCUUGAUUUGUGCUCUGAGGGACAGCAAUUUGCCCAAGUUCUUAGCGGAUGACGCCCUGCUCUUCCAGGGUAUCCUGAGUGACCUUUUUCCUGGUAUCGAACUUCCAAUAGAAGACUAUGGUCUCUUAUUCAAAGCCAUCGAAUUCUGCCUGAUCGAAUGGAACUUUCAACCGGUACCCGCUCAAAUCGCCAAAGUCAUCCAGCUUUAUGAAACCAUGAUAGUCCGAUGGGGGGUCAUGUUAGUCGGGCCUACAGGUGGCGGAAAAACGGUAGUUUUGAAGACACUGAAUAGAGCCUUGACGAAAAUGAACGGCGAUAAAGUCGAUGGCCCAUAUUAUAAGCCCGUCCACACUUAUACCCUGAAUCCCAAGGCAGUAACUGCUGGGGAGUUGUACGGGGAAGUGAACCCCUUCACCAUGGAGUGGAGGGAUGGAUUAAUUGGGAUUAUGACCAGAACGGCGGUAACAGCUACUAAUGAGGAUCAUCAAUGGAUAAUAUGCGACGGGCCAGUUGAUGCUGUCUGGAUAGAAAAUCUGAAUACGGUCUUGGACGAUAACAAGAUGCUGUGCUUGGCCAAUUCAGAGAGGAUCAAGCUGACGCCUUUCGUGCAUAUGGUGUUCGAAGUGCAAGAUCUAGCCCAAGCAUCUCCAGCUACAGUGAGCAGAUGCGGAAUGGUGUACAUAGAUCCAGGCCAAUUGAAGUGGAUGCCCUACGUGUUGUCCUGGUUGAACAGGUUGAACGAUACCUUGGUCGCUCAAGAAUACAAAGAUCAAUUACGCGAGCUCUUCGAAAAUCUAGUGGAAAAGUGUUUGAUUUUCGUCAGGAAAAAUUGCACAAGUGCAAUACCGCAGGUGGACAUAAGCAAAAUUACUAUGAUAUGUGCCCUCAUCGAAAGUUUCUUCAAGAUGCCUGGAGCGAUGGAGAAAAUAGGGGAGAAAAGGAAAGUGAGACAGUUCGUGUGCCAAACUUUCAUAUUUUCGUAUAUAUGGGGCAUAGGGGGUAACCUGCACGACAGCGGUAGGGAUAAGUUGGAAAGUUUCAUAAUGAGCCAAUUUGAUGAGAAUCCUGAUGCCAAAUUGCAAGGAUCAUUCGAUCUUUGGGAGGUCUACAUCAAUAUUCAAAGGCAUGCGUUAGAUCCAUGGUCGAAGAUAAUUCCAGAUUUCAAAUACAACAAAGAAGUGCCAUUUUUCGAGAUGCUGGUACCUACCAUCGAUACCAUCCGUUUCGGUUUCGUCAUGGAAAGGCUGAUAUAUGUGAAUCGACCGGUACUUUUGACGGGAGAUACAGGAGUCGGGAAAUCGGUGGUAGCCAAAGCCGUAUUGAAUAAAUUGUACGAAACCGGCAAGUUCGUACCGGUUACCAUGAACUUUUCCGCCCAAACCAGCAGCGCUAGGACGCAGGAAAUAAUCGAACUGAAGCUGGAGAGGAAGAAGAAGACCUUGCUGGGCGCGCCUGUCGGUAAAAGGAUCGUCAUCUUCGUGGACGACGUGAAUAUGCCCAAAUUGGAAAUUUACGGGGCUCAGCCUCCGAUCGAAUUGCUAAGACAGUUUCUGGACCACGGUGGCCUUUACGACAGAGAGAAACUCUUCUGGAAAAAGAUAGAAGAUGUCGUUAUUGCAGCUGGAUGUGCGCCACCUGGUGGUGGUAGGAAUCCGCUCACUCCGAGAUUCGUGAGGCAUUUCGGAAUGUUGCUCAUACCGCCACCUAACGAAUUCACGUUGAAGGCAAUUUUUAAGGCGAUCCUCAAAGGAUUCCUACGAGAAUUUGCAAACGAAGUUAGAGAUCUAGGAGAAAACAUGGUUGGUGCAGCUGUUGAAGUGUACCAGAGAAUAGAAACUGAUCUCCUUCCAACACCUAUGAAAUCACACUACGUCUUCAACUUGAGAGAUUUGUCGAAAUGCAUGCAAGGAGUAUGCCAAGCUGACUCAGGAACUGUGCGAGAAGAGUUGGCUAUGUUGAAGCUCUUCUACCACGAAUGUCUGAGAGUUUUUCACGACCGACUGAUCAACGUGGAAGACAAGUCCUAUUUCUACUUCCUGAUGAAGGAAGUUUGUCAACGAAACUUUGGAACGCCAGUGCUAACGUUACCGGAAGUGGCGAUCAUAGAUACACCACCGGCGCUCUUUUUCGGUGAUUUCAUGAGAUUUGGCGCAGAAAAAAAAGACAGAAUAUACGAGGAAAUAACGAACAUCGACAAAAUGAGGAACAUUCUGCAAGAUUACAUGGACGAUUAUAGCUUAUUAACAGCCAAAGAGAUGAAACUGAUAUUCUUCAUGGAUGCCCUGGAGCAUGUCGUGAGAAUAGCAAGGAUACUUCGAGCUGAGAGGGGCAACGCUCUUUUGGUCGGUGUUGGUGGAAUGGGGAAACAAAGUUUGACCAAACUAGGCUCUCACGUUAACGGAUACAAAUGUAGUCAAAUAGAGCUCACGAGAAACUACGAUCAUAGCUCGUUUUUCGAAGAUUUGCGGAGGAUGCUGUUUGCUGCUGGCGCUCUAAAGGAGGAUACUGUGUUCCUUUUCACCGACACUCAAAUCAUACAGGAGGAAAUGCUUGAAGAUAUCAAUAAUAUAUUGAAUUCGGGCGAGGUACCAAACCUCUUCGAAUCAGACGAAUACGAGAAAGUUAUAAUAACCUGUCGGGACCCCGCGAAGGAAGUUGGCAUAAACCCAGCCAACAGAGAUGGUAUAUUCGACUUUUUCACCAAAAGAGUGAGGGCAUUCCUGCAUCUGGUCAUUUGCAUGAGUCCCGUCGGUGAUGCGUUCAGACGACGCUGUCGUAUGUUCCCUUCGCUCGUGAACAACUGUACCAUAGAUUGGUUCGAAAAAUGGCCGAGAGAGGCGUUGCUGUCGGUCGCUCAAAAUUCCCUCCAGAAUUUGGGGGAUGAAAGUAUGGUGACGAGGCUUUCGAACUUAUGCGUUAUCAUACAUGAGAGUGUUGAAAACAUGACAGUCCGCUUCUAUGAAGAGAUGAGGAGGAGAUACUACACAACCCCUAGCAGUUAUCUGGAACUGCUCAAAUCUUAUCUCUCUAUGUUGGUCCUCAGGAGGGAUCUGGUUACAAAAAUGAGGGACAGAAUAGCGAACGGUUUGAAAAAACUCUACGAAACGAACGCUGUCAUAGACUCGAUGAAGGAAACUCUGACCGAACUGGAACCGAUUUUGGCAAAGAAAUCCAAAGAAGUAGGAGAACUUAUGAUACAUCUGGAGAAGGAGCAAAAACAGGCCGACAAGGUAGCUGAGGUCGUUAAAGGCGAUGAGGAAAUCGCUAAGGGAAAAGCGGAUGAAACCCAGGCAAUAGCAGAUGACGCCCAGAGAGAUUUAGAUACAGCACUACCGGCCCUGGAAGCAGCCACCAAAGCUCUGGAGGCUCUAAAUAAGAACGACAUCAAUGAGCUCAAAGUGUUUCAGAAGCCGCCGAAACUAGUACAGUUCGUUAUGGAAGCAAUAUGCCUCCUCUUAGGAGCCAAAACAGAUUGGGCUUCCGCGAAGGUGGUUUUAGGAGACACGAACUUUCUGAAACGACUGCAGGAUUACGACAAGAACCAUAUACCCGAAAAAAUUCUGCAGAAAUUGAAGCAUUACGUGGAGAACCCCGAUUUCAUACCGGAAAAAGUUGCGAACGUGUCCAGGGUCGCUAAAAGUAUGUGCAUGUGGGCAAGGGCUAUAGACAUGUAUGCAAGAGUAUAUAAAAUCGUUGAACCAAAACGCAAAAGAUUAGAGAUCGCCGAAAAAGAAUUGAACCAAACCAUGGGUCUUCUGAGAGAGAAGCAGAGGCAACUGGCCGAGGUAGAAGCGAUGAUAGCACGACUGGAAGCUCAGUUCACGGGAGCUGUCAACGAAAAGCAAGCCUUAGAAGAUAACAUGGCUCUAACAGCAGCUCGAUUGAAUAGAGCCGGCAGGUUAAACGUGGCACUGGGGGAUGAACAAACGCGUUGGGAGGAAACUGUCCAGACGCUAGAGAAUCAGCUCUUGAACGUGAUUGGAGAUGUGUUGGUUGCUGCUGGUAGCGUAGCAUACCUGGGAGCAUUCACAAGUAAAUAUCGGAACGAACUGACUGAUCUCUGGGUUUCGAUGUGCAAAGAAUAUGCCAUUCCUUCUUGUGAGCAAUUCAGCUUGAUCGGCGUAUUGGCAGACGCCUACGAAAUUCGUCAGUGGAACACGGCAGGUCUUCCCAGAGACACUGUCUCGACCGAGAACGCGAUCUUGGUCACUCGUUCUGGCAGGUGGUCCCUUAUGAUCGACCCCCAGGAGCAAGCCAACCGUUGGAUAAAGCAGAUGGAGCUACCGAACAAUCUGAAAAUCAUCAAACUGACCGAUCCGAAUUUCUUGAGGAUACUCGAGAUGGCGAUCAGGCUGGGAUAUCCUGUUCUGCUCGAAGAGGUGGGGGAAACCUUGGAUCCGACGUUGUCGCCCAUUCUGCUGAGGCAAACUUUUCAACAGGGUGGCAGAACCUUGAUAAGACUGGGCGAUUCGGACAUCGAAUACGACAACAACUUCAGAUUUUUCAUCACGACCAAACUGGCCAAUCCGCAUUACCUUCCCGAGAUAUGCAUCCAGGUGACCAUCGUCAAUUUUACCGUCACGCCCUCGGGACUCGAAGACCAGCUCUUGGCAAACGUCGUGAGCUUGGAACGUCCGGACCUGGAAAACAUGAGGAGCGAACUGAUCAUAAGGAUAAACGCCGACAAGGCCCAACUGAAGGCCAUCGAAGACAAGAUUUUGAGGAUGCUGGAUCAGUCUGAAGGAAAUAUACUGGACGAUGAGGAGCUUAUCGAGACGCUCAACGAGAGUAAGGAAACUUCCGAAGUAAUAGCUGCCCGACUGAUAGAGACAGAAUCUACGGAAAUAAAGAUUUCUGUUGCCAGGGAAAAAUACAGAUCUGUUGCUACGCGAGGCUCGGUGAUGUACUUUGUGGUAGCUCAAUUAGCCGAAAUCGAUCCCAUGUACCAAUAUUCCUUGAAAUACUUCACCCAGAUCUUCAACACUGUGAUAGAAACCAGUGAAAAAAGCGAGAAUCUUGAUAUCCGACUGGAGAUUCUCAUUCGUGAAAUAACGCUUUCGGUGUAUACCAACGUUUCGAGAGGUCUUUUCGAGCGUCACAAACUGGUCUUCAGUUUCCUGCUCUGUAUCGCCAUACUGACAGACGCUGGUGUCAUCAAAUCUGCCGAAUGGAAUUUUUUACUUAGAGGACCUGUUGGAGCUAGCGUGCAAGUGGGAAAACGACCGGAUUAUCCGCAAGUUACUGAAAUAAUGUGGUUGUCGACGCAUGUGUUAGAGACAAUAUCGAAAAACUUUAAGGGUUUACCGGAUGAUAUAGAAAACGUGAUGCCUUUGGAAGUUGGGGAUUACAAAUUGGAUAUCAAGGUGAUACCCACAGCUAAAGAUAACAGCCCUAUUCCGUGGAAUGAACGUCUCACCGAUUUCGAAAAACUGAUGUUUCUGAAGACGCUGAAGGAGGAGAAGCUGGUUUUCGCCAUCACCGAGUUCGUCAAGAUGAAGCUUGGUCAAGCGUUCAUCGAGAGCCCUCAGGUGUCUCUUCAACUUCUAUACCAAGAUACGUCGAAUACAGUGCCCUUGGUUUUCAUAUUGAGUACUGGUUCGGAUCCCUUUGGCUCCUUCAUGAGAUUCGCCACCGAAAUGGGCUUCAGUAAGAGAGUACAGUCAAUAUCUCUGGGUCAGGGACAAGGGCCGGUCGCCGAAAAAUUGAUCGAUCAAGGCUUGGAAAGGGGUGAUUGGAUAUUUCUUCAGAAUUGCCACUUAUGCGCCUCGUGGAUGUUACCGAUGGAAAGACUGAUUCUGAAGAUAGCCGAGGAAGACUACAGAGUGCACAAAGACUUCCGCCUCUACCUUAGUUCGAUGCCGAGCACAAGUUUUCCGGUGGCAGUCCUACAGAACUCCGUCAAAGUCACCAACGAGCCUCCGAAAGGUCUCAGGGCGAACAUCAAGAGGGCUUUCCUAGAAAUGACCGAAGAUUUCUUCGAGGGCCACAUUCUGAAGCAAGACUGGAGGACCAUGAUUUUCGGUCUAUGUAUGUUCCACGCAAUUAUUCAAGAAAGGAAAAAAUUCGGUCCAUUAGGUUGGAACAUAGUUUAUGAAUUUAACGAUAGCGAUAGAGAAUUUGCUUUCAACACGUUGAAGAUGUACUGUGCUGAUGGUGUAAUCCCUUGGAAGGCUCUUGAAUAUUUAACAGGUGAAAUAACAUACGGCGGCAGAGUGACCGACUACUGGGAUCUGAGAUGUCUCAAAACGAUCCUGAAGAUUUUCUUCGCCCCGCACACCCUCAAAGCGGGUUACCAAUACUCGCCUUCGGGCACUUACUAUUGCCCCAGAUACGAAAAACUACACGACUACAGAAGCUUCAUCGACGAACUGCCGAUUUUGGAGGAACCCGAAAUAUUCGGCAUGCACGAAAACGCCAACAUAGCUUUUCAGAAGAAAGAAACCGAAGCUGUAAUAUUGACGAUACUGGAGAGUCAGCCCAGAACAGCUGGUGGUGGCACGGGGAAGUCAAGCGACGAGAUCGUUUAUGAACUGGCCGAUUAUGUGAUUGAACAAAUCCUAACUAAAAUAGACACAGAUGAAAUCAAUCCAUAUCUACUGAAGAAAGACGAUAAGGAUCGUUAUCAAUCUCUGACCACCGUCCUUCUACAAGAAAUCGACCGGUAUAACAUUCUCUUGAGUUUGAUCCACCGGUCGAUGGGUGAUUUGAAGAAGGCCAUUAAAGGUCUGGUGGUCAUGUCCGAAGAAUUGGAGGAAGUCUAUAAAGCGUUCAUCAAUAAUCAGGUGCCGAAUUUGUGGUCCAAGAAAUCUUAUAAUUCGCUCAAAAGUUUGGGGAGCUGGAUCAAAGACCUGGUCCUGAGAUUAGAUUUUAUCUGUACCUGGGUUAGAUCCGGACAUCCAACUUCUUACUGGCUAUCUGGAUUCUUCUUUCCGCAAGGAUUUCUGACGGGAACACUUCAAACGCACGCAAGAAAAUACAACUUACCAAUCGAUCAAUUAAAAUUCGACUUCUUCAUACAGCAAGUACUGAUAGAUCAAGAGGUGGUCAAGGAGGCUCACGAUGAAGCCGGAAAAGAGAAUUACGAUGUAUACCUUCCACUGAAAGCGCCAAAGGAUGGCGUCAUCAUACAUGGUCUUUUCAUAGACGCUGGCAGAUGGGACACAACUAAACAGCAGUUAGUAGAUGCGAAACCAGGAGAGAUAAAUCCCUCAUUGCCAUCUGUGAUGAUGGUACCAACUACGAAAAUGCCAGAUCCCGAUCCACGUUAUGAAUGUCCCCUUUACAAAACAUCCAUAAGGGCAGGCGUUCUAUCAACAACUGGACAUAGUACGAAUUUCGUUAUAGCGGUUCUUCUACCUUCAGCAAAAAAUCCCCACUACUGGAUUUUAAAAGGAACAGCUCUUCUAACUCAGAUUACUAAUUAACUCCAUUUUAAGUAUUCGAUUUUAUUAUAAAUUAUUUUUUAGUUAAUAAAUGAAAAUGUUAUGAA